AUGAAAGAAUCGAUUGCCAAGGAAAGACAAGAAAGAUUUGAUAAGCGUUAUAAGUGUCUUCAAACCGCGCGUCUCAGCAUUGACAUGUUACAGAAAGCAGAGAUAGCUCUGAUAGGAUAUGAACAACGCUCAUACUUCCCAAAUGAGAUGAAAGCUCUCACGACGACCGAUCCUAGUACGACACUGAAACGGUCAUCUAAAUUGUAUAAGUUGGAUCCGUUCCUGACAGAUGGUCUAGUUCGAGUGGGAGGCAGAUUGGAGAGAGCCGAACUCUCUUUCGACACCAAACACCCAAUAGUGCUUCCUGAGGAGGCCGUGGUAUCUAAGCUUCUCAUGGAUGACGCUCACAAAGCAUGCGAACAUUUAGGAAAAAACACAGUUUUAGCGUUUCUGCGACGAAGAUAUUGGAUUAUUGGAGCUCGGACAUACAUUAAAUCUAUGAUCUCGAAAUGUGUGGUCUGCCGGAAAUACAGAGCUCCAUGUAGUCAGCAAAAAAUGGCGAACUUGCCGGUGGAGAGACUCAAUUCAGAUGAGCCUCCAUUCAGCAGGAUCGGAAUGGAUUUAUUCGGGCCAUUUGAGCUGAAACGAGGAAGAAGUGUCGUGAAAAGGUAUGGAGUACUUUAUACUUGCCUAACUACCCGCGCAGUCCACCUCGAGGUUGCUGCUUCGAUGGACACUGAUUCCUGUAUUAACGCAAUUCGUAGGUUCAUAGCACGUAGAGGGAAGCCGAUGUUUAUCAGAUCCGACAACGGAACUAAUCUCGUGGGAGCUCAAAGAGAGAUGCAAGAAGAAAUACAAAAGUGGAACCGCGAUAAGCUUAAUCAGAAUAUGCUACAAAGUGGUAUACAUUGGGAAUUCAACCCUCCAGCAGGUUCCCACUUUGGAGGAGUCUGGGAAAGACUUAUUAGAUCUGUCAGGCAAGUGUUAUAUUCUCCUAUGCAAGAACAGAACAUCAAACUUGAUGAUGAAGGGCUUCAAACCCUUUUCUGCUAA